AUGCACUGGGCAGUCUUCGUGAAGAUCCGCACGUUGAUUGGGAGCGUCAAGGGCAGGUGGAUCAGGAAGAGCAUGGCCGUCGAACGCCGGGACUCGGAGAAGGUAGUUCCCGUGCUGGGCGAUUCGCUUACGGAAGACAUCGUCUUCUUGGAUGUGGACGUGGACGACAACGAGUUGAUCGCGGACAGGUGGGAAGUCGAGGCGAUGCCGACGUUUGUCUUUUUCAGAAACCAGGAGAAGCAGGACUUUCAUGGGCAAGGGACAUUAAGGGGGCGAUGGCUAGUGAGGUGGAAGUGCCCCAUGCAGCGUUUGGACCAUGCCGUUUUAUUAAUCGUACCGGAGAUCUUAGCACGCCCUGGCCCGUUGGGCCGGCGAAUUUGA